GUUGCAUAUUUUCCCGAUCAUUUGUCCGAUCAUCAUGGCUAUUCAGACGAAAUAUUUCUUGCUUGCCCUUGCAGCUACUCGCCAAGCAAUUUCACAUACCGGGUUCGCUGAGUUAUUUGUCAACGGCGUCGGCCAAGGAGAUGGGACUUGCGUCCGAAUGAAAAACGACCCCGGAACCGUAACAAGCCCGAUUGCUGGCAUCGGCAGCAACGACAUGGCAUGCAAUGCCAACGGGGCAACCGGUGUUGCUCGUGUCUGUCAAGUUCCAGAUGGUGCUACGCUGUCCUUUGAAUUCCGCUCGUGGAUGGAUGAUUACACGAGAGGCGUCAUUGACCCAGGCCAUAAGGGGCCAUGUGCGGUCUACUUGAAGAAAGUCGACUCCGCCAUCGAUGACAAAGGAGCGGGGGACGGCUGGUUCAAGAUCGCGGCUGAUGGCUAUGACGAAGGCGCUGGAAAGUGGUGCACCGACAAGGUCAUUGAAAAAGGACAUUUGGACGUGGCCCUUCCCCAGGGUUUGGAAGGCGGUUACUACCUCGUGAGGCCGGAGCUGCUCGCCUUGCACUUUGCGCACAGGGGAGAACCGCAAUUCUACACCGGUUGUGCCCAGAUCUUCUUGAAGUCGUCUGGAAAUAAAAAGCCGAAAAGUACCGUCAGCAUCCCCGGAUAUGUUCAGUCAGGCGACAAGAGCUUAACUUUCGACAUCUAUGAUUCGCCACUGAAGCUGCCGUAUUCAUUGCCCGGACCGGAUGUGGCAUCCUUCACCGGCUCGUCGAAACGCGAAGUCGGUACGAUCGAUCGCAGAGCAGUACAAAAGACGCAAACGGAGGGGCUGAAGCCGGAAGGCUGUAUCCUAGAAAAUGCAAACUGGUGCGGUGUUGAGGUUCCGAGUUACUCGGACGAAAAAUCUUGCUGGUCAUCGUCCAAAGAAUGCUGGGCUCAGAGUAAGAAGUGCUUCGAUUCUGCGCCUCCCACUGGCUCUGCAAACUGUAAAAUUUGGGAGAAAAAAUGCGAAGCGAUCAAUAGUGCUUGCAACUCUCGAAAUUUCGAUGGGCCACCAAACAAAGACAAAGUCCUUACACCGGUAGCGAGGAGGGUCAAGGCGAACGGUGUUAGAGCCGCAUCUCCUUUGAGACUGACUGUGUGAUGGAGUCCACUGAAAAGGUUCCCCGGCAUCACUGGAUGCAAGGAUAGGAGAGAUAUCGCAGAUAAUCGAAGGGGUAUUUGACGGCCUAUUCUGGAAAUUAGUCCAGUGUUCAUCGCUGCUCCUUAUCUAUUGCUAUUCUUUAAAAUAACGCAUCUGCUGCAUAUUUGUCUUUUUGGAGAGCUGAUC